AUGUUUGGGCUAUCAGUAUCGGCUACCUCUGUAUUACUGGGAGCUUUGAUGUUUCUCAUCUUUGUCUGGUUCGUUAGACGUCCAAGGAACCUUCCACCCGGACCAUGGUCCUGGCCAGUCAUCGGGUACAGAUUUAGAUCAGGUCCAUUACAUGAAGCCUACAUGGAUAUGGCUAAAAAGUAUGGUCCAAUUUUCAGCUUACGAAGAGGCCCGUUUCUUGUUGUUGUAUUGAAUGACAUAGCAACUAUCAAACAAGCCUUUGUGAAGUCAUCAGAAUUCUUUCAAAACCGCUUUGUACCAGGACAUAUUAGAUGGGGAGUUCGAGAUACUAACAAGAAUGCUUCUAUCGUCUGGAGUAGCGGCAAACCUUGGAAAGACCAUCGGAAAUUCUCUCUGCAUGCACUCCGUUCCUUCGGCUUUGGUAAGAAGAGCCUAGUACCUCAGAUCAACCUGGAAGCUCGUUAUCUGGCAGAUGAAAUCAAGAAUCUUCGAGGUGCACCAUCAGACCUGUCGCCUACUUUGAAUAAAGCAACGGCUAACGUCGUAGCUCAACUUGUCUUUGGUAGGCGAUACGAAUACGACGAUCUCCAAUACAUUGAGGUUCUACAAGCAAUGGUGGCAAUCUUCGCUGGCAUCUCUAUAACAGAUCCUGUUGUGGUCUUUGAAUCACUUAUUCAUACUCCGUGGUACAAACACUACCGUGACGCCACAUUCAAAGCUCGAGAUUUUAUUAUGUGUCAGCUCUACAUGCAUCGAGACACAUUUCAGAAAGAUAACAUCCGGGACUAUGUCGACGCGUUCUUAGCAGAUGAUAUCUCCAAGGAAUACACGCUGGAAGAAUUUUGGAGGAUUGUGCUUGACUUGUUUGCCGCUGGCACAGAGACAACAACACUGGUCACUUCAUGGGCCAUACUCUACUUAGCUGUCCAUCCAGAUGUACAGAAUAAGGUGCAGAAUGAGUUGGAUAGAGUUGUUGGGCGUGGUCGACAACCCACCACCACUGACCGUCCAGAUCUACCAUACUGUGAUGCUACCUUGAUGGAAGUCAUGCGUCCUCGCGAAUGUCUGGGUAUUCAGCUUGCUAGAAUGGAGUCAUUUCUUCUCUUCACCAACCUCUUCCAACAAUUUGAAUUCAAACUUCCAUCAGAUCAACCCACAGCUAGUCUACGUGGUCAGCCUGGACUCUCUAUGCAUCCACAUCCCUAUCAUGUUUGUGCUAUCGAGCGCUGA